AUGAUUGAUCAUGAGUCGCGACAUUGUAAACAGAUAUUAAACAGACAGCAAAGCGGUAAGUAUGUGAAUAAUGAAAAUAAAGCUCCUGUUGGUACAACAAAUAAGCGUGCUGUCAGCGCCGGUGAUAUUAAUACUCAAAAAGUUGCAGAAAAUUUGAAAGAAAUACAAUCAACAUCGACAUCCACUAUUCAUCAUCUGUGUUAUAAAUUUGAUAAACAUGUAUUACAUUACAAUUCGUAUGGUGAACUGGAAGACGAGAACACCAUUGAUAUCGACUUAGAUUGGUUUGAAUUAAUGAAAGGUGUCAAAUUAGUUUUAUCGCAAACUUUAGUAAAUAAAAAUGAUUAUAGUAGAUCCGAACAUGAGGAUAAAAAACAAUCAAUUGAAAUAGAUAAAAAAAUCACUUCAGAAUUUUGUACAUGCAAACGAGGUAAUUCACAUAGACGAAAUGCUAUUUGCAAGCAAAUUGAUAAAUUCGAUUUUAAUGGUCAAUUAAUCUCUUUUUAUGAUGGUGCUAGGAGGUCAUGUCAAAUCUAAAUAUGUUACAUAUUCCGAUUCCUUACGAAACUAAAACACUUUCUGUAAUGAUAUCCCAAUAUUCUACAAGCAUAGUGUGCCUUCCUUAUAAAGCAGAAAAGCAGACAAUCAAGUAAUCUUAUGUGUCGAAUAUUCAGAUUUGAAAAUUCUCUAAGUAUGGUCUGCCUUCCUUACAAAGUAGUUAGGCAGACAAUCAGAUAAUCAUUUAUGCUGAAUAUUCGGCUUUGAAUAUUGUCUAAGUAUGGUCUGUCUUCCCUAUAUAGCAGAGAAGCAGAGAAGCAGACAAUCAGAUAAUCUUAUAUGUCGAAUAUUCAGAUUUGAAUAUUUUCUAACUAUGGUCAGUUUUUCUUUUGAAUCAGAGAAGCAGACAAUGAGAUAAUCAUAUAUGUCGAAUAUUUAGAUUUUAAUAUGUUGUUAGUGCGGUCAGUCUUUCC